UUGGAACGAGUCCUUGGGAAUGCCAUGCACUUCAUUCAUAAACUUAGCAUUAUCAUUGAAGGGAAGCAUUAGACACAAACAUGGCGUCCAUUGAUUAUGAGCCAAAACUUCUUGCAAUUUUAAGCAUCUCAUUUUUCUUGUACUGUAUUUUUGUAUAUAGUACUGGUCUCGUGGCUGCGCUUGAACCAGCCUUGCUAGCAUUAGAAGGCAAGGCUUUGCUUGAGAGUGGAUGGUGGAGUGACCUCAGCAACCUCACCUCACAUCGGUGCACGUACUGGCCUGGCAUAUUUUGUAAGGCUGGAAGCAUCAGUGAGAUUUCCCCACCUCAAGAGUUCCUCAAGGUGGGAAAUAAGUUUGGAAAGAUGAACUUUUCUUGCUUCUCAAACCUUGUCCGUCUCCACCUGCCCAAGCAUGAGCUCAGUGGGAGCAUCCCGCCUCAAAUUUCCAUCCUUCCACAACUCAGAUACCUCAACCUGUCCUCAAAUAAUCUAACAGGUGAGUUACCGUCUUCACUUGGAAAUCUCAGCCGAUUAGUUGAGCUUGAUUUUUCUUCCAAUUAUUUCAUCAAUUCCAUCCCUCCAGAACUAGGCAAUCUUAAAAAUCUUGUUACUUUGAACUUGUCUCAUAACAACUUCAGCGGCCCAAUCCCUUCGGCACUUUGUCAUUUGGAAAAUCUAACGCAUUUAUUUAUGGAUCACAAUAGUCUCGAAGGUGCCCUCCCUAGUGAAAUAGGGAACAUGAAAAAUCUAGAGAUUUUGGACGUGAGUAAUAAUACACUUAAUGGUCCAAUCCCUCGAACAAUGGGUAGUUUAGCCAAGUUGAGGUCUUUGAUCUUUCGUGAGAACAAAAUCAAUGGAUCCAUUCCUUUGGAAAUAGGAAAUUUGACGAAACUUGAAGAUUUAGAUCUUUGCUCUAACAACCUAGUUGGUUCAAUUCCUUCAACGAUGGGUCUUUUAUCCAAAUUGAUUUCUCUGGUUCUAUGUGAGAACCAAAUCAACGGAUACAUCCCUUUGGAAAUAAGAAAUUUGACGAAUCUACAACAUUUAGAUCUUUACUCUAAUAUCCUAGGUGGUUCAAUUCCUUCAACUUCGGGCUUUUUAUCCAAUUUGAUUUUUCUAGAUCUUUCCUAUAAUAUCCUAGCUGGUUCAAUUCCUUCAACUUUAGGCCUUUUAUCCAAUUUGAUUCUUCUAGAUCUUUCCUACAACCAAAUCAAUGGAUCCAUCCCAAUCGAGAUAGGAAAUUUGAUAAAUUUGACAGAUUUAUAUCUGAAUUCAAACAAUAUCAGUGGUUUGAUUCCUUCUAUAAUGGGCCGUUACCUUUUUGAAAACCAAAUCAAUGGAUCCAUCCCUUCAUCUUUGAAGUAUUGUAAUAAUUUGACCUUCCUAGAUUUGAGCCGCAAUAAUUUAAGUGAAGAGAUACCCUCCAAUCUAUAUGAUUUGACCUCUUUACAAUAUGUGAAUUUUAGUUACAAUAAUCUCUCAGGCCUUGUUCCCUUGAAUUUGCCAGCACCCUUUCAUUUUAAUUUCACAUGUGAUUUACUUCUUCAAGGGCAAAUUACCAACUAUUCUGCAACUUUUAACGCUACUGCAUUUGAGGGCAACAAAUAUUUACACCCUAAUUUCUCAUAUUGUUCAUCUUUUUACUCCCCACCUUCAAAAGACAACAGAAUAAUUCAUUCCAUCAAGAUAUUGCUUCCUAUCACCACCAUUUCACUUUGCCUCUUGUGUCUCGGAUGUUGUUAUCUGUCUCGAUGCAAGGCUACCCAACCUGAGCCAACAUCAUCAAAGAAUGGAGACUUGUUUUCCACAUGGAAUUAUGAUGGGAGGAUUGCAUACGAAGACAUCAUUGCAGCGACAGAGAACUUUGACCUCAGAUAUUGUAUCGGAUCCGGUGGUUAUGGGAGCGUCUACCGAGCACAACUUCCAAGUGGGAAGUUAGUUGCCUUGAAGAAACUUCAUCGUCGAGAGGCAGAGGAGCCGGCUUUUGACAAGAGUUUCAAAAAUGAGGUGGAACUGCUCACACAAAUACGUCACAGGAGCAUUGUAAAGCUUUAUGGAUUCUGUUUGCACCAGCGCUGCAUGUUUCUUGUUUACGAGUACAUGGGAAAGGGAAGCUUGUUUUGUGCCUUGAGAAAUGAUGUCGGAGCUGUGGAAUUGAAGUGGAUGAAAAGAGCACACAUCAUCAAAGACAUUGCUCACGCAUUAUCUUACUUGCAUCAUGAUUGCAACCCGCCAAUUGUUCAUCGAGACAUAUCAAGCAGCAAUGUUCUGUUGAAUUCAGAAUCCAAGUCUUUUGUUGCUGAUUUUGGCGUGGCUAGACUUCUCGAUCCUUAUUCGUCCAACCUUACCGUACUUGCUGGUACCUAUGGAUACAUUGCCCCAGAGUUGGCUUAUACUAUGGUGGUGACAGAGAAAUGUGAUGUCUAUAGCUUUGGAGUAGUGGCGCUAGAAACAUUGAUGGGAAGGCAUCCAGGAGAUAUCCUAUCAUCAUCUGCUCAGGCUAUUACACUGAAAGAAGUGUUAGAUCCUCGUUUGGCACCUCCGACAAAUGAAAUUGUCAUACAUAAUAUAUGUAUUAUUGCAACUCUGGCAUUCUCUUGCUUACAUUCGAAUCCAAAAUCUCGACCUUCAAUGAAAUUCGUGUCUCAAGAAUUUCUAUCUCCCAAGAGAUCAUUGGCAGGUCUUGAGAUUUCUUUGCUGGAGCUGCGAGCUCUUGGCAUGCACGCAAAUGGAGGUGAUGUCACAGUUCCUAGUUGAAAAUGUGAACUUUGAGCUCACAUUGAAGUUUACAAUAUUUCUUAAUUUUGGAAGAACUUUUUCCAUUUUUAGUACACUAAAUGUCUUUAUAAUAUUUUAGUGUGACAUUGUAUGUAAUUUUAACAAAGCACACUUUUCUCGUGUACUGCAGAAUCAAUAAGAACAUCACUGUCUAGGUUAAAUUGAAA